AUGACCCAAGUUGCUGAACCGGGCCAUUUAAUGUCCAACGACCAACAGAUGAGCAUGAGCGAACAGGAGUCUGCUGCUGAAUACCACGACGGAAUGGUGGCGGAGGACGACGAUGACUACUCCGCGGGCCCUGUCCCGAUCCAGCAGCUGGUAGGAAACGGGAUCUCUCCCCAGGAUAUCAAGAAGCUGAAGGAGGCCGGCUUCCACACGGUGGAGUCGAUCGCGUACACCCCAAAACGCCAUAUUGUCACGGUGAAGGGUAUUUCCGAGUUGAAGGCAGAUAAGUUAUUAAUGGAGGCAUCCAAGCUGGUUCCCCUUGGGUUCACGACUGCUACCGAGUUCCACCAGAGAAGAUCCGAACUGAUCUGUCUCACGACCGGGUCCAAGCAGCUGGACACGCUUCUGGGAGGCGGUGUCGAGACCGGGGCCAUCACGGAGGUGUUUGGAGAGUUCAGAACAGGAAAGUCGCAGCUUUGCCACACUCUGGCAGUCACUUGCCAGCUCCCAAUCGACAGCGGGGGAGGCGAGGGAAAAUGUUUGUACAUCGACACAGAGGGAACAUUCAGACCGAUCAGAUUGGUGGCUAUAGCCAGGCGGUUUGGGCUGGACGAGAAUGAGACUUUGGAUAACGUGGCGUACGCUAGAGCAUAUAACGCGGACCACCAGCUGCAGUUGCUGCACCAGGCCGCCAGCAUGAUGACUGAGUCGCGGUUCUCUCUGCUGAUUGUCGACUCCAUCAUGGCGCUGUACAGAACCGACUACAGUGGUAGAGGAGAGUUGAGUGCCAGACAGAUGCAUGUUGCCAAGUUCAUGCGGAUGCUGCAGAGACUGGCGGACGAGUUUGGAAUCGCCGUGGUUAUAACCAACCAAGUCGUCGCGCAGGUGGACGGAGGAGCGAUCUUCAAUCCGGACCCAAAGAAACCGAUCGGAGGUAACAUCGUGGCACACUCGUCCACCACGAGACUCUACUUCAAAAAGGCCAAAGGUGCCAACAGAAUUUGCAAGAUUUACGAUAGUCCGUGCCUGGCGGAGAGCGAGACUGUGUUUGCUUUAGGCCAAGGAGGAAUCAUCGACCCGUCUGACGAGACCGAGGCUGCUGAAGACGAAUAA